AGAAAAGCAGUGAGUAGCUCAAAAAGAAAACCAAAGUGCCGCGGAAAACUUAACCAUCUAAGCCUAUAAUAAAAAAUAGAAACAAAAGUGACAGACAGCCAAUUAAAAUAUAUAUACAAAGUAGUUAAGAGAGGCUAAAUCAAAACCGUGGACUAGGAUCUGAAAGCCGACGGAAGACAGCAACUAGUUGUUAGUGGGCCUGAACACACCUCCCCCCCUGGGAAUAGCUCGUGAAGAAACGGGGCAGGAGUCGGAUCUCACUCCCCAGAUACUCGACACGGGCCAACAAGGUUCAAAACACUCUGCGGUGUAAUAAAAGCUGCUACUUUGCCACCAACUUCCACUCCAGCUCCCACACCAGUUCCACCUCUACGUCCGACUCGAACUCGAACUCCAUCUCCGUCUCCGUCUCCAACUCCCUAGCUCCCCAGCUCCAGUUCCGCUUCGAAAGUAGACAAUUGAUUAUUGAUUUUGUCUAAGGCAGAAAGAACUGUGAAGCUUAACUCGCCAGCAAAACAAACUUGGCAGCAGAGAAAGCGUCGAAAGGCGAGUAGGAGAGCCGAGGAAGAUAUAUAAUAGAGAAGAGGCGUUGAAAGACGGUUGGAAAAUAAGUUGGAAAAAGUCCCGGGAAGCCCACGAGCAGUGUUGUGCAAUGCCAGGCUUACGCCGGCCCAGUGUUGGUCAUCAGCAGCGGUGUGGGGCCUGAAGACCCACAAGAGCUGUGAUUAAAGCCGAGGAAACAGAGACACCCCAGCGCUAGCCGGGAUCGAGCUAAAGAAGAGGCUAACGAAAGGUCCCCACAACCCCCACAGCCAUCCCCACUACCACACCACCAAGCACUCUCUUCUCCACCCCACUCUUACCAAUCAAAUAAGCCGCCAAAAUAAGCCGUCUAAUCGAGAAGCUGCGUCAGACCAACAAACGCAAAAUGCUCUUCUCGCUGGCCCAGACGCUCUUCUGCGUCCUGCUGAUCCAAGGCGGCCUCUACGCCCUCCACCUGAGCGGCAACGGGAACUCCAACGGCGACAAGGCCUUGGGAGAGGCAAAGGCCGCGCUGCAGGGAGGUCUGCCCGCCCCCAGCCAGCCCAUCGGACCCUCCACCUCGUCGUCCUCUUCGUGGCAGAAGGCUCCGGCCCAGCAGCAUCAGCAGCAUCCGGGCGGAUCUCCUCCGGGUGGUGGCAGUGGUCAUGCCCAUCGAUCGGCGGCGGCGGCCGCCUUCGACGCCACCACCGUGCGCCUGAACAAGGAGAUCGCCGACAUGGCUCAGCUGGAGCGGGAGCGACUCAUGCUCCUGGCCCGAGCCAAGCAGACGGCGGAGUCUGGAGGCGCUCCGGUCAACCAUCGGGGACAUCCCUUCAUCGCCGGCCGCAUACAGAUGCAGCCCACGGAGGAGCUGGAUGUCGGCGACUAUCCGGCUCUGCUCCAGCAGGCGGCUCGGGGCUACAUCUUCGGCAAUGUCCAGAAGCAGCCGCCCACUCCGCUUACCGUGGAGGAGGACUAUGAGCAGCUCAGGGAUCUCGAGAACAGGCCCGUCAAGUACUACGGCCGAGUGGUGACGCCGUCGGAAAGGGAGGAGCAGGUCGAGUCACUCUACGAGCCAAUGCACUCUUUCGGCGACUUUGACGACUUCUCCGAGCUGGAGCCCGAGCAAGAGCCGCACUUGGGCGAGGAGGAUCUGCUCCGAGAGCUGGACGCCUAUCAGUACCACGGCUUGGAGGAGGAGCCGCUACCAGAGAAUCCCUAUCGCACCUUGGAGCAACUGGAACUGACGGCGCCCGAGUCGCUGCAGCAGCUCUUCGAACAGGAGCAGGAGCAGCGCGAUGCACCCGCCAAGGCAGGGCACUCCGUCAAGGUUCACGGCCCAGGAAACUACAACAUACGCUCGCAGCAGAAGUGGGCCAGAAAAAGAGCCCAGGGAUCGCAGGGACAUAGCCCGGGAGCGGAGAAGCAGCUGCAGCGCCAGAUCUUCGCCCAACACUUCAAGCCGCAGCGCAACGGAAAGCUCUCGCUGGCAGCCAACUCUGAGGCCACGGCCGGCAGCAAGCACUUGAAGGCCACCAGUCGCUCCGGAUCUGUGACGGGCGCCAAGGAUAACGAGAAGCCAGCUAACGACUUGGGAGGAAGUACAGCCGCCGGGGAGUCGCAAAAACAGCAAACGGAACAGGAGAAGAAGGAUCCCAGUCACAAGCGAUCCGGGGGCAGUAACGGAGUAUCUGCUGGAUCGCCGGGAAGCGGCUAUGCGGCGCCACCAAUGGUGUCCCAUAGCAUAGCCAGCCAGCUGAUGCUGCGCACCGCCCGCGGUCAACGGCAGUACGAUGUGCCACAAAUCGAGUGCCCCACCGCCAUGGAUGGCAUGGAGCGGUUCGCCUGCCCGAUACCCGACCGGCAGGGCAGAUACCGCUGCAUAGACGAUCAUGUGCUGUGCGACGGCUUCAUCGAUUGUCCUGACGGCGAGGACGAGGACCGAAGAUCCUGCAUGUUUUACAAGACGACGAAGGCUCACUUGGAUGUGUUAGCGGAUGCGUUACUGCGCUGGGCGCGAGGGCGUUAAGCUCCACCCACCCACCAAGCCUACAAACACACGCCGACACUCACACAUAAACGACUUCUAAAAGACACCCACACUAUAGCAGACAAAAACCAGCCAUAAUUACAAACAAAAAAUUAGUUUUAACGAACCUCAAGUAAAGCUAAAGCCUAUUAAGUUUGAAAAUUCCACGCCCCAAACACAGACCCCAGUCUUUUCCCUAAAGAGAGAGAGAAGGCAGGGAAAGAAAUCCCCAAUGGAUCGAGAAAAAAAACCCAAAGACAGGACUAGACUUCAGCUCGAUGGAGAACUAAAUGGAUUGCCAAGUAAGAGAAAAACAGGAUGCUAUUGAUUAAAAACCAAAAUGAACAUUAUGACGCAACAGAUACUCAUAAAGAAAAGAUAUGAUUAUUAUUACACUAUUAUUAUUAAAAAAUUAACUUAAUGAAAGCCCAAGACAUAAAAAAACAAAAAUAGCGGUUAUAAAUACUAAAGCUACAUUUUAAUUCAGCAAAACAAAAUAAAAGAAGAAAAACGAAAUCGAAAUCGAGCAAAACAAGAAAAUUGUUACAAAAAAAAUACGAAUAUAUAUUUUUAUUUUUCAUUUCGAAUUUCGAAUUUGUUUCGCAGGAACAGAGAGAGCCGAUAAUGAGGAUAAACAAAAUUGGGCCUAACUAUUUUUAGUAUAUAUUAAAAAAAUAUAUUAUAAAUAUAUCUUACUAUAUGAAAUAUAUUUCGUGUACAUUAUUUAAUUAUACGUGUAUUAAAGUAUAAAUGUUAAAUAAACCAAAAAUGAAAUCAAAAACGAAGAAAGCAUGGCAAAAAGGCAUGAAAAUGGCAAGGAUAAAAAUGAAGUUAUAUAUACAUAUACACAGAAAAAAAAAACCGACAUAAAAAUAUAUAUUAAUAGUAUACAUAUACCAAUAACAAACAAAUAUACAAUUGACGGAAUAUAUUGCAUUAGGUUUUAUUGCUGAUUACUGAACAAGAAAAAUGAAUGCAAUAUAAUAUACUUAUAUACAAAUGCAAUAACAGCAAGUUUAGCAAAAAAAAAAAUAAGAAAAACAUUUACAAAUUAGACGAGAAGCAAAAAAAAAAAAACAUUUUACAUAAAGAAAAAGACUUGACUUCAUUAAACCGAUUUUGUUCAAAUAGCAUUUAGCGUUUUGAGUUCAAAGUUCUCUCAUUCAUAUAUUUCCAUCAUAUUUUGCCCAUAUACUCUAUUGUUUUGAUCAUGUGUGUAAAUAUGUACUUUAAUUUAAUUAUGAUUUGCAUUUCAAGAUCUCUCUCACUUGAAACAAAAAAUCAGUAAACAGAAACAUUUCCCGUUUUUGAUUAGUUCAUGAGUAAGAAAAACAGUUCUCACGGAAACGGCAGCUAUCUGUAGUUAAGUAAAUUUAUUUACAUUAUUAAAAAGUAUAUUUAAAUAACAAUGGACUUAUAAAUAUACAUGAAAACACGAUAAGCUUAUAAGCAAAACGACAAAAGCUUGUAAAAAUGCUAACUUACCC